GUGUAUAUGUGUGUCCAUGCACACGCUACGCGCGUGCGUGGAUGCGCGUGCGCGCAGGCGGAGGAUCCGAGCCGUGUACAGUGCAGCAGGCAGGCAGGCACGAGCCGCUGGGCGCGCAGGAGAAGCCGCAAACGCAUUUGAGCAGCCGCUACACCGGAGACCGCGCGCGGACAGCACAGGGCAGCCCGGGAACUUGAGUGUGCACGAGGCCAGAGAUCCAAAAUGGGAGGCAAGCUCAGCAAAAAGAAGAAGGGAUACAACGUAAACGAUGACAAGGCAAAAGACAAGGAUGCCAAAGCAGAGGGGGCCUCGGCCGAGGAGAGCGAAGCACCGAAGGACAACAAAGACGAGGCCCCGGCCGCCACCGACACUAAGGAGGUAGCAAACGACACGGCGGCCAAGGAGGCGCCGGCAGCGGACGCCGCAGCGCCCAAAGAGGAGGAAAAGAACGCCACUCCCGCCGCAAAGGAGCCCGAGAAGCCUGCCGCCAACGCCGAGCCCAAAACAGAGGCGCCCAAGAGCGCAGAGCCCGCCAAGGCUGAGGAGAAACCAGCUGCCGCCGCCGCGGCCCCGGCUAAAGAAUCGGCCCCGGCCGCCAAGGAACCCGAAGCUAAAGCCGCGGCACCUGCCCCGGCGGCUGAGAGCAAAGAUGAGGCCGACGCCAAAAAGACUGAGGCCCCCGCGGCACCAGCAGCCAAAGCCGAGGCGGCCCCCGUUGCAUCCCCUGACCCCAAGCCCACAGAGGCGGCGACGGCGGCGGCUCCCGCACCAGCAAAGGAGGCCGCCGCAGCCCCUAGUUCAACACCAGCCGCCGAGCCUCCCGCCAAGGAGGCGAACGCCACAGAGGCGCCAAGCAAGGAUCAAACCGUAGCAGUUCAAGAUUAAUGGACAGCUUCUUUUCGGAAAUGAAUACAAUUACAAAAAGUACCUAAUUCAACGACGAUGAAGAUUAAAAAAGAAAAAAGAAAAAAUGAAAUCAACUAGCCCGUCCAUAUUAUAAUAAUAACAACAACAAUAAUGAUGGUAAUUGUAAUGAUAAUGAUUUGAUUGAUUGAGGAGGACUGGAGCAACCACCUGGGGAAGUUACCCACCGCCGCAGAUGAUUAUUGCCAUUAUUAUUGUUAUGUUUUAUUCUAUUUUUUCUGCUGUAGUAUUUGAACUUUGAUACGAGUCUGUGUCGGCCCUGAGCCUCGCCAUUCCACAUCCGUCAUCUCUCUCCUCCUUCACAUGUCAAGGCGUUGAACACGACUCCCAUCUCGGCUCCGUAGGCCUGCGUUCAAACAUUCACCUGCACCCUCGGCUCUGUGGACACCAUGAUAUCAAAAUGUUUGGGGGGAAAUAGGACAUAGGGAAGAAGGGGGGGGGGGGGUUUGAGAAAUCACUUCACCAGCCGUCUUCCCAUUGAAUCAGUCCACUCUUCAGCCCUCCCCCUUCCACUCAUCCACCUCUUCACAGUGUCAUGCUCUCCUCCUUGUACCUACAAUUCGUCUCAGACGUGAAAUAGAGGUUGUGUCCUUUCUAAAAGAAAACCUAGCUCCCUCUGUCAUUAUUGUUGGGUUGUGUUGCUACCCAUUUUCCUCUUGGGGUUACACGCCAAAUUCUCUGUACCUCUAAAAAAUGAUAAAUCUU